AUGCAUUUUUGGUGUCGUUAUUCAGGUCCAUAUAUAAUAAAUGUGUAUGUACAUCUUCUAUGUCUUUAUCCAGGUCAGUUUGGCAGCUACCAGAUGCAAGAAGGGCUGGAUGACUCAUACUCCAUGCUAACUGGGGGCUCGAAGGGGACUCUCAGCAGUGGAAUAUUCAUAGAUGACCCAACGGAAUUCAAAUGCCAGCCAUGCCAUCAAGGGUUCCCCUCAAAGGCAUGCAAUGAGGCACACAAUAUGGUCGUACAUAACAAAUAUUGUGAUGUUUGUCAAGGUCGACUGGAUGACGUGCCACACUAUAAGUUGCUGCGACAUGGAUUAAAACACACCGGCCAGAAGCCACAUCAGUGUGAAUUUUGCUAUAAGUUAUUUGCUAAUACGUAUUCUCUAAAAUCUCAUCAGAAAAAGGACUUGAAAUGUGUGAUUUGUGACAGGAUCGUGUCAUACUCAAACAAAAGCAAGCAUGUUAAGCUACAUCGAUAGCCAAUCAGAAUAGACCAUAUUUUCUUGAUAUGCGUAAACAAAGACUUUUUGAUUAAUUCAAUGUCAAGUUUGCAAGACUUGACCUAUUAAUUAUAUAUUUUUGUAAUGGUUUCACGUUGUUGAUAAUUUUGAUAUAAUUGUUUUUUAUUGUCAGCAUGUAGAUUUACAAUUGCACAUGCAUAAUACAGAUUAUUUAUGUUUUGCAAUUUCUUAAACAUGUCAUGUAUUUUAAAAACAUGAAGAAUGUGAAGUGUAUGUAUUUAAAAUAUAUUCCUGGAAACAGCUCAUUCAAGGUUCCAUUCUCAUAAAGAUCAAGGUCAAUAUGUUUGUACGAGGAGUGAUCAAUAAGUAAUGGAUGUUUUUUCACACAGAUGCUUUUUAUACAAAAUAAUCAAAGAGAUUGGUCUAUAAAAAGCAUCCAUGUAAAAAAGUGGUCAUUGCUUAUUGAUCACCCCUCGUACAUAAUCAACUUACAUUUAAUUCAUUUUACCUUUAAAAAUAGCUGUACCAAUUAAAACCAUUCACUGAUAGUAUUUAAAAGUUGAACCUUUAAUUCAUCUUGAUUCACAAGAACACCUUGAAAAUUGAAGAUGCCUCUUAUUUGAAAAUCAUUAAACAUUUUUUUUCAAAGUUGUAAUUAUAAACAAAAGUAAAGUAAUGUAAACUUUUGAUGAUAUUUGAUUUAUUACUACUACUUGGUGUUAUUACAAUAAUUCUCUAAAGGGAUUAAUAACUGCCUUGACCAUAUACUAAUAUACAAUAUAUUAAUACUGAUAUACAUACAAUGUAUGUAAUUGUAGUGUCAUUUGAAUUUUUUGUGAAUAAAUUGUUUUGUGAACAUAAA